AUGGAGUUCGCAAACCACUCAUCCGCACCCUUCAUUGCCGAUGCUGGCUCCGAGCGGGACUGGGCCCGCCAGCAUGUCGCCGGGCAAUUACACAUGGCCGACUCCAAGGGCUCUGGGCUCCUGCCACUGAGGAGGAGGUCUGCCGUCGCCCUGAAGCGGAGGGCGAGCAGCGAUGUGAGGCACCGGCCAGAGAACGGCCCGUCCGGCGUCAGCAAACGCAGGCGUGUCGACAGGCCGAUCAACGUCACCAACAAGCCCCUGAGCCCGGCGGACAAGGCCAGGUCGGCCGGCGACUGGGAGCAGAUGCUGAAGCUCUCCGUCAACAACCUCCAGGGCCUCUACGCCAAGAUGGGCAACACGCCGGCGCCGGCCACGGGAAGGCUACUCGGGGAUAGGUUCCCCCAACGCGUGGCUGACAGCGACCGCGGCUUGAUGGCCUCCAGGGCGAUGCAUCACGCCGCCGGCUGCUGCAGCGAGGGAGGCCUGGACGAGGACGACGACGGCUGCUCGUCCAGCUCGGGCGAGGAGGACAUGGCAGACUGGGCCGAGACGGACAGCUCCUCGGACGACCAACCUGCCACUCCUGACACGGCACAGAUGGACGAGGACAGUGACGUCGAGGGCAUGAUGCACACACAUACGCAAACGGCUUCAUAG